GCCGAGCCCAGCGGCCCGCGCUGGCCGCCGCCCCCGCCAGCCGCGGCGCAGAGAGCGCUCGGGCCAUGCUGCGGCUGGUUCGCGGGGUGCGAGCCAUCGUGGACAUGUCGUACGCCCGCCACUUUCUGGACUUCCAGGGCUCCGCCAUCCCCAGGACCAUGCAGAAGCUGGUGGCCACCCAGCUGAGCCCCAGCUUCCGGGAGGCCGUCACCCUGCUCCGGGACUGCCCGGUGCCGCUCCCUGGGGACGGAGACCUCCUCGUCCGGAACCGAUUCGUGGGUGUAAAUGCUUCCGACAUCAACUACUCUGCCGGCCGCUACGACCCCUCUGUGCAACCUCCCUUCAACGUAGGCUUUGAGGGCCUCGGGGAGGUGGUGGCCCUAGGCCUGUCUGCCAGCACCAGCUUCGCGGUUGGCCAGCCCGUGGCUUACAUGGCGCCAGGCUCGUUCGCUGAGUACACAGUGGUGCCCGCCAGCAUGGCCACCGCAGUGCCUUCUGUGCGACCUGAAUACCUCACCCUGCUGGUGAGCGGCGCCACCGCGUACAUCAGCCUGAAGGAGCUGGGGGCCCUGUCCCCGGGGAAGAAAGUUUUGGUGACGGCAGCCGCAGGCGGCACAGGCCAGUUCGCGGUGCAGCUUGCGAAGAGGGCCCAGUGCCACGUGAUUGGCACCUGUUCUUCGGACGAGAAGGCCUCCUUUCUGAGGUCCCUGGGCUGCGACCGGCCCAUCAACUACAAUGCUGAGCCCGUGGCCUCCGUCCUCAAGCGCGAGUACCCCACAGGAGUGGAUGUGGUCUACGAGUCAGUCGGGGGAGCCCUGUUUGACGUGGCUGUGGGCGCCCUGGCCACCAAGGGCCGCUUGAUUGUCAUCGGUUUCAUCUCCGGCUACCAGAGCCCCAGCGGCUUGGUGCCCGUAAAGAAGGCGGGGAUGCUGCCGGUCACACUGCUCAGGAAGUCAGCCAGCAUCCACGGCUUCUUCCUGAACCAUUACCUCUCCCAGUUUCAGGCCUCCAUGGGCCACCUGCUCAAGAUGCUGGACAGCGGAGAGCUGGUCUGCAAGGUAGACCUAGGAGAACUGUCCCCGGGGGGCAGGUUUGUAGGCCUGGACUCGGUGUUCCGUGCGGUGGACUAUAUGUACCUGGGACGAAACUCCGGCAAGAUUGUAGUCGAGCUGCCUCACUCUGUCCACAGUAAGUUAUGAAAGUGCAGUGGAGGCCCAGAGCCGCGCGUACAGCAGGGCUGCGCACCUCGGUAUACUCACAUCAUUGCAUUUAUACUUCAUGAUGGAAGUAAGAUUUCUUAAACAAAAGUAAGGUGCCAAUGAGUAAUUUUCUCUUUCUCUCAUUCCCCACCCGCUUCCCCUCCUCUCUUUUUGCUCCUUCUUUGGUUAAAAAAAAAAAUGUGCUAAUAAAACUUGCCUCGAUGG